AUGGCAGAUGGUUCACAUCAUCUGGCCCCUGGCCACUCGCUCACAAACUAUCGCGAGACCAUGCUGUCAACACUGAUCAAGGUCGAGCAAGCAAUCGACAAAGGCCUUGCUGGUAAAGAUAAGAAUUACAGCGAUAUGGCCUUCACAGAGUCGGUUCUGGAGUCGGUUUCCAAGUUGAAGCAUAUCCUCAGCGCUGAAGACCACGUUAGAAUAAACGGGCACCGACUUGACCUCGCUGGUGUGGUGGCGGUCGCUAAAUACGGAAUGAUGCCGGCCAUUGUCGAAGACGAUGAGAUUCUCCAGAAGAUGAACGCCAGCAUUGCUUUCCUGAACAAAUACCUCAGUGCUGGUAAUACAGUCUAUGGGGUCAACACCGGGUUCGGAGGAAGUGCAGACGCUCGAUCGGACGAUCAUGAUACACUCCAAAAAGCCCUGAUUCAGCAUCACAAUGCGGCCGUGCUUCUUCCUGCUGAGCAGGGCCUUGAAAGCUCUGUGAUCCAGGAUUGCAUGAAGAAACACUGCAUGCCUGCCCCUUUGGUGAAAGCUGCCAUGCUGGCUCGCUGCAACAAUCUGAUCCGUGGUCACUCAGCUGUCCGUCCGGAGGUUGUCCGUCACAUUCUAGCGCUGGUUGCCAAUGAUUUCACACCUGUUGUUCCACUGCGAGGCUCCAUCUCAGCUUCCGGUGAUCUGACCCCCCUUGCAUAUAUUGCAGGGGCCAUCGAGGGCAACCCAGACAUCUUUGUAGAUUGUGGCUCGAAGAACCGCAAUGCUACUCUCCGCGCAGACGAAGCUCUCACCAUGCUAGGACUGAAGCCUCUCUCCUUCUUGCCAAAGGAAGCACUCGGACUCCUUAACGGGACCGCCUUCAGUGCCGGGGCAGCAAGUCUUGUGUUGUUCGAAGCCAAUCAGCUGGCCAUUUUCGCUCAAAUCACUACCGUCAUGUGCACCGAGGCCUUGAUGGGUACACGACGGAACUUCCAUCCGUUUAUUGGAAAUGUUCGCCCUCACCCUGGACAAAAGGAAGCAGCACGCAAUAUGUACGGACUUCUCGCAGACUCUAAGCUGGCCACCAAUGCACGCCCCGAGCAAGCCGGCCUUGCUCAAGACCGCUACGCAAUCCGCACCACGUCGCAGUGGAUCGGUCCUCAAGUCGAAACGUUGGCUCUCGCGACACGCCAAGUGGAGUGUGAGCUGAACUCGACCACCGACAAUCCAUUGCUGGAUCCACUCCACGGCGAGGUGCACCAUGGUGGCAACUUCCAGGCGGCUUCGAUCACUUCUGCGAUGGAAAAAGUCAUGGGCAGCAUGCAGAUGAUCGGGAAGAUGGUCUUUGCGCAAUGCUCUGAGCUCCUGAACCCGAUGUUCAGCAAAGGCCUUCCUCCGAGCCUCUGUGCUGACGAUCCCAGCGUGUCUUUUGCAUUCAAGGGUGUCGACAUCAAUAUGGCAUCGUACAUGAGUGAGCUUGCAUACCUCGCUCAUCCCGUCAGCAACUCUGUCCAAUCGGCUGAAAUGCACAAUCAGUCGAUCAACUCGCUGGCCCUGGUCACGGCGCGCUACGCAGCUGAUACCGUCGAGGUUAUGUCCCUUAUGAUGGCGACACAUAUCUAUGUGCUCUGCCAAGCACUGGACCUCCGUGUGCUCCAGCUGGAGUUCGAAGACACCGUCAGGGACCGCGUGGACGAUAUCACUGCGACACUCUGCGUCGAGGUCGUUUCUGCUGACCGCGUCCCACGUAUCCAGGAGUCGGUCUGGCAACAGCUGAUUCAUCACUGGAGCCGAAACGCAAACCUCGAUCUCACUGAGCGUGCACAGACCUCGGUAAUGAACACACUGGGAACCCUUCUCAACUUGCUCAACACUCACUGCGAUGGCGAGGCGUCCGAUAUCCCCCUGACUGUUUUGAACUGGCAGGAUGGGGUCAAGUAUAUCCUCGUUGAGCAGUAUGACUCGACGCGUGAUGAGUUUUUCCGCAACCCAACCACGACAGACUAUCUUUGUACGGCGUCGAUCAAGCUAUACAACUAUGUGCGUAAGACUCUCGGCGUUCCGAUGCACAAGGGGAUUGUGGACCAUCCGACUUACCUGCCACACCUGCUUCCGAAUGACAAGCAAUCGAUCGGAUCGCUUAUCAGCACGAUUUAUAUCGCUCUCCGCGAAGGGGACCUCAUGCACACCCUAGUGGGCUGCUUUGAGAUCCCCGUGCUUGAAGGUGUUUCAGUGGAAGAGAAGGACUGAGGUAGUUGGAUGGGAAUUGAAUGAUAGGUAAGGUGUGUUAAGGUGAGAGGAUGAACAACCA